GCAAAAAUAUAAGAGAGAAAGAAAGAAUGAUACCCAAGACUUCACAGAGGGCAAAAGCAACGCACCCAAAAAAAAAGUAAGCAGCAGAAUUUCCUAGCCAAAACCUCAAUAUCUUCCACAACCUACAUGUUCUUGUUAUAAAUCGGAACCCCACCAAAAAAUUUAAAAACCUGGAACAAUCUUUCUCUCUUUUGAUCAGUUACUGCUCACCAAUCCAAUGGGAAAAUGUUUCUCUAGGUCUUGUUCUCAUGACAUCCCUAUUUCCUCUUCCUCGGACGAUGUCUACUACCAACCAACACCACCUAAAAAACCAACUCAAGAAUGUUGUUAUCCAUCCAGACCGCUACUGCUACCACUACCGCCUCCACCACCAAUAUCAACAACACCUUCUUCGAAAACAUCUAGGACUUCUCAAACUAUUGUCACUUCAUCCUCAAAUAUUGGUCCCAUUCUUGGUAAACCAUAUGUUGAAAUAACCACAAUUUACGAUCUUGAUAAGGAAUUGGGUAGAGGCCAGUUUGGUAUAACUUAUCUUUGUACAGAGAAGGCGUCGGGAAGGAUGUAUGCGUGCAAGUCUAUCUCAAGACGUAAACUUGUGAAGGUAAAAGAUAUUGAGGAUGUUAAAAGAGAGAUUUUAAUACUACAACACUUAACAGGACAACCUAAUAUUGUUGAAUUUAAGGGCGCUUAUGAGGAUAAACAAAAUCUGCAUUUGAUCAUGGAGUUAUGCUCUGGCGGGGAGCUUUUCGACCGGAUUAUAGCAAAAGGGAGUUAUUCAGAGAGUGAAGCUGCGACAAUUAUUAGGCAGAUUGUGAAUGUGGUUCAUGCCUGUCAUUUUAUGGGGGUUAUGCAUAGAGAUUUAAAGCCUGAGAAUUUCUUGCUUGCAAGUAAAGAUCCAAAUGCUCUAAUUAAAGCUACUGAUUUUGGACUAUCGGUCUUCAUUGAAGAAGGAAAAGUAUAUAAUGACAUUGUUGGAAGUUCUUACUAUGUUGCUCCAGAGGUGUUGAAACGGAGUUAUGGGAAAGAGAUUGAUGUAUGGAGUGCUGGGAUCAUUCUAUACAUUCUUCUAAGUGGGGUGCCUCCUUUCUGGGCUGAGGCUGAGAAGGGCAUAUAUGAAGCAAUAUUAAAUGGCAAUCUUGACCUGCAGAGCAAGCCAUGGCCUAAGAUUUCACCUUCUGCAAAAGAUCUUAUCAAGAAAAUGUUAACGAGGGACCCCAAGAGUAGGAUCACUGCUGCCCAAGUACUCGAUCAUCCAUGGAUGAAGGUGGGCGGUGAAGCAUCUAACAAGCUUAUUGAUAGUGUUGUCCUGAUUCGGAUGAAACAGUUCAGAGCAAUGAACAAGUUGAAGAAGCUCGCACUAAAGGUCAUAGCUGAGAACCUUUCAGAGGAAGAAAUCAAGGGAUUAAGACAAAUGUUCAACAACAUGGACACUGAUAGAAGUGGUACUAUCACAUACGAGGAACUCAAAUCUGGACUGUUAAGGCUAGGAUCUAAACUUACUGAAGAAGAAAUAAAGCAGUUGAUGGAUGGUGCUGAUGUUGACAAUAAUGGUACUAUUGAUUAUGUUGAAUUCAUUACGGCUACCAUGCAUCGGCAUAGACUUGAGAAGGAAGAGAACUUGUAUAAGGCCUUCCAAUACUUUGACAAGGAUAAUAGUGGGUUUAUCACUAGAGAUGAGUUAAGACAAGCCAUGUCUCAAUAUGGAAUGGGGGAUGAGGCUACAAUAGAUGAAGUCAUAGAAGAUGUUGAUACUGAUAAAGAUGGAAAUAUCAACUACGAGGAAUUUGCAACCAUGAUGAGAAAGUGAUCCCAAGAUUCUAAAGUCAAUUUAAGAUAUAAAUAUUAUUGUAUAUAACAUGCUUGUAAAUAAACCAGUAUUAUCUAGAAAUCCUUUGCUAGAAAA